AAGAGUUAUCUUUUGAAUUAAAUUUUUAUCAAAUUGUUUAUAGAAUCUCUACAAGCUAUUCAGUGCUUAAAUCAUGCCAUACAAACUUACGUGUUUAGGCUUCUAUACAGUGAGUAAGGAACAUUUAUAGAAGAAUCUUAUGGACAUUUUAUGUUUCUGAAGAGACUGCAUAAAAACAUGUAAAUGAGUGUUCAUUCGGUAAAAUAUUACGACGUGGAGCGGACGUUAAGCCGUCUCGCCAUGAAUUACGAACGCGAGCGCAGUUUGCUUCCUCCAUCGUCUGCCGCUAGUCAGACUCGUCUGGAUCGAAUGCGAGAUUACAGUUAUGCGUUAUCAGCCCGUACACAAUACACACGUCCUGGUCGCGUGAACAUGAUGGCAUUAACACACAGGAGUUCACCACCAUCAUCACCAGUGCCUUCGGUAUUCAAGGGCAAGCAAAAAGAGAAAAAGAAAGUUGCUAAAUCAAUGAGUACGGAUAUUUACUGCAGCCCAUGUAGUCGAGAUAAUCUACAUCGUGAGGCCACUGGAUACUGUAUCGAAUGCAGUGAAUAUUUUUGCGAUAGCUGUAUAAAACACCACAGGAAUCUGAAGAUCACUAAAAACCACACCCUACAGGACAGACACAAGAUGCCCAAGGUUCAGAAUUACCAUGCUGAGGAUGAGGAGAUUGUUGAAAUCUGUGAUAAACACCCUACGGAGCUUAUAAGAUACUUCUGCAAAGACCAUGAUGAACCAAGCUGUGCUAUUUGUGCAACUCUGAAGCACAGAGCUUGCACAAAUCUGCAGUACAUUCCAGACAUAAAGUCAAAGGAGACAAACAGAAGUUGCUUGAACACCAUUAAGCAUAUGAAUUCAUUGGUGGCUCAGUUUGAAAGUGCUCGUGUGGAGACGGAGAAAGUAAUAAAAGCGAUAGAUGUGACGAAAGAAGACUUUGAACAAAGAAUGAUCAAACUUCAUCAAGACUUUCUCGAUCACUUGCAAAAGCUUGAACAAGAAGCUAUCAGUAACAUGGAAAGUCUUUAUGAAGAUCAAAGGGGUUACAUAACAUCAAGAGUUGGAUCCUGCACAGAAGCCAUUAAAACUCUUCAGCAAGGGACUAAAAACCUGGAAGCAGCAAAGAAAAAUGGAAUUGAGAGCAAAGUUUUUCUCCAAAUGAAGAAGAUAAACAAACAGGUCAAGUUCUAUGAAAAUCUGCUGAAUGAGGUCCAAGGGAAGAACAAAAAUGCCAUGACUUUUAAGUUCAAAGCUGAUGCAAAGGUUAAAGAGUUCCUGAAAACAAGUGAUUCCAUUGGUUCAAUCCAAAUCCUGCAAUCGCCGGGAAAGACAUUCACAUCACUCACUCAUUUCAAGAUCACCUCGCGUACUGACACUUAUGAAGUAUGUGAUGUAACUGGUUCUUGCUUUUUACCUGACGGAAGAAUCAUUCUCGCUGACAUGCACAACGAAAGUCUCAAAGUUGCGGACACAAGCUUCAAUAUGGUUACCCAAACAAAACUGUCAUCGGAACCCUGGGACGUUUGCUCUGUAAGCAAUAACAAUCAGAUUGUUGUUUCCUUGCCAAACGAAAGGAAACUCCAGUUUUUCAUCAUAGGCGCAACAAUUCAGCCUCUUCGUAAAAUUGGCAACACCGCUGGGUUGAAGAGUAGUCAGUACUAUGGGGUAGCUUUCCAUAAUGAUCGCAUCUAUGUCACAUGUCCGAAAGACGAUCCACCGAAUGUCAAAAUUCUUGACAUGCAAGGCGCUAUACUUCAACAGUAUACUCAAAAUCUUCAAGAACAGAAUGUCUUCAGCGAUCCACUUUACAUUACAAUCACAUGCGAUGGGAAAACAAUCUACGUUUCUGACAGUGGAAACAAAUCAAUCAUUACAAUCGAUCCUAAAACUGAAACGAAGCACACGACCCAUCCUCUGGCAGAUGAAAACCUCCCUGGUGGUAUUAUUAGCCUUCAUGAAGGUGAAGUUUUAACCUGUGGAUUUAAAUCCAAUAGCGUUCUACAAAUGAAUGCUGACGGGAAGUUUGUUGAAGAUGCUGUGAGUAGUCAAGGGGGACUAAUCUUACCUCAGUCUGUCAGCUACUGCUCCCAAGGGAGACUACUGUUAGUGACAAUGCAGAAAAACAGUCUUGUAAAGGUGUUCCAAGUGACUUAACACCUAAUAACAUGUAGACAACUUCUGCACAAACUUCUAGUGAAGAAAUGAUAUUAGCCUAGAAUUGAAAUCUAUAUAUUUCUUAAUUAUGUUAUCGUUUCAUAACAAUUAUAUGUGUCACUGUACACAAUUAUUUGGACUAAUACAUGUGCAUGUCUAUU